AUGUUAAUCGGUGUCUGUGAUGGAGUGGUGCGAAAUUUGUUCAGCCUUGUGCCACCAGAACUGCUCACUUCGUAUGGUGUGAAGAAGCUGUUCCUAGUUGGCUCUGCUAAGAAGGAUCGCUUUCUCGUUCAUAUUCGGCGAUAUCUUGAAGAACGUGAAGUCCUUGAUCAGAUAGAAGCUGACUCUCAGGGCGGUCAUGGUCCAGGUCGCGCUAGACGGAAUUCCAGGAAUGAAAAGACUGCCCCGCAGGACGUCGCAUCA